CAGCCGUUGUAAUUAAAAACGGAAAUCUACAGCAUCGUUGUCGAAAAAGAUUGUGCUUAUACAGAGUACUUUAGUGCAUACUUCUGUUGCCUUCGAUUUCCGUACCUAGUUUUUGGCAUCUUGCCACAUGUUUUGAUAAAUCAGCUAAAUAAGCAGAGUUGCUGGCAACAGAAUUUCUCUGCCUGAUCCUUAUUCGUGUACAGAUAGUCUGUUAUUUGAUGUUUAGCGUUUAGAACGCUUUGUUUAAAAAUGGUGCAUAAAACAUUUGCUUAUUCUCUUGCAAUGCACGGAAUUUUUUGGGUGACCUGUAGAGGGGAAGAUAUUUUCCCACGAUACGACGGAACACCGGUUAGUCCACGCGAGUGCGCCAGUCGUCCGCGAAAUCCUUGCUGGAAAGGCCUUGAUAACUGUCUCGAAGCCAGUAUCGGACAAAUGAUUUUCAAGAGAGUGCCGGGAACCGUAUCAACUCUAGAAUGUUACAGUAACGUCACGGCUCGGGAUUUUUUGGACAGUGCCAGUAGCAUUGCUAUCAGUAAUCCCAGUCGAGCUGUCAGAUUGUUUGCCCCCGGUGACGACUCCUUGAAGCUAACACAACAGCUUGUCGACCCAAUUAGAACACAACUAAUUGAGCUGUAUUUUUGGACUUGCCGAGGCAGUUCGGCCUCAUCUACGGUGGGCGCAUUGCGACUGCCGAAUUUGCUGUACUUGCAGUUUCAUGGUUGCAACAAGCUGGUAAUAAAACGAGAUGAUUUCCGUCACUUCAAGAAUUUAAGAAAUCUCGAUUUCUACCUGACAUCCAUUGAAUCGAUUGAGCCGGAGACAUUCAAAGAUCUCCCACAGCUAAGGUCGCUCCAGCUAGAGAACAUGUACGAGAGUCUCCUUUUAGGACUUGGCGAAGAGGAUUACAAUACGCCACUCCUGAGAUUCAAUCGGCCAUUCGUAAAAUUCACUGCGCCUGUGACUACAAUCCGGCUUUAUCGCACAAUCCAUCCUGAGUCCAUGAGAUGCCUGGAAGACGAUCUACCGUACAAGACAUCGCGGCAGGUCACUGGCUAG